CCCCAGGCAAAAAGCCUAUUUCGUGACCCCGCCCCUGCCCUCUCGCGGAAGUGGGGAGAGGCUGGUCGGUUCUGCCUCGACUGGCUAGGGGCUGGCGGCGGGAGACCUCACGGCCCGCGCUCUUUCCCAGGUCCCCAGGGAGUCCGAGGGCCAGGAUCCCGGAAGGGCCUGGAGGGCGGUGGCCGGAGGGGGCCGGGGGUCAGCGGGUUGGCCCCGCCCCCGAAGCGAGCUGCGAGGCCCGGACAGGGAGGGGUUACCAGGCGGCCCGGCCCCCCCCUCGUCCCGCCCCCCCUCCCGCGCUUCCUGGCGGCUUCGCGUCCGGCGCCUGUUUGUGCUGCGGCGCUGGGGCCCAGGACGGCCCCGCCACCCCACCCCCGGGAGCCGAGAGCGGCCCCGGGAGAGUCCGAGGCCCCGGCGGGCCCCGGAGCCUGCGACCCCCGCCCCACAGCGCCCCCUCCAGGCCCUUACCCCACGCCCGACAGCGCCCCCGGGGGGUGGCUCGGCUCCCUUGCGCGCGCGCCCCUGGGUGCUUCCCCUUCCCCUCUCUCUGGCCAUGGCCCCCGCGGCUUAGACGCCUCCUCCUCCGCCACCGCCGCUCGGAGCAAGCCGGGGGCCGGAUGGACGGGGCCGGGGGGCCCGGUGAGGGCCCUGCUCAGGAGGCCCUGCAGUCCUUGAGCCGGCGGCUUCAGGUGCAGGAGAAGGAGAUGGAGCUGGUAAAGGCAGCCUUGGCAGAAGCUCUUCGCCUGCUGCGGCUGCAGGCGCCACCCACCUCCCUGCAGGACCCUGGCACACCAGGCCCUACAAGGGACAGCAGCGCUGCAGCUCCCCCGGGACUGCCACCCACAUGCAGCCCCUCCUCGGUGAGCCGAGGCACCCAGACAGACACAGAGGUGGAGACGGAGUCAUCCCCUGGCCCCCCUGGCCUGAGCAACGGGCCCGCAGCCCCGCAGGGGGGCGGUGAAGAGCCUGGUGGGACCCAGUCUGAAGGAGGGGGCAGCAGCAGCAGUGGCACUGGCUCGCCGGGCCCCCCAGGGCUCCUCAGGCUGGUGCAGCCCCCACAGCGUACUGACACGCCACGGAGAAAUUCUUCCUCCUCCUCAUCCCCCUCAGAGCGGCCUCGCCAGAAACUCUCCCGGAAGGCAGCUUCCUCAGCCAACCUGUUAUUGCGGUCAGGGAGCACAGAGAGCCGUGGGGGAAAAGACCCCCUCUCCAGCCCUGGGGGUCCUGGAUCUCGGAGGAGCAAUUAUAAUUUAGAAGGCAUCUCAGUGAAGAUGUUCCUUCGCGGCCGCCCCAUUACCAUGUACAUCCCGUCUGGCAUCCGCAGCCUCGAGGAGCUGCCCAGCGGCCCACCCCCGGAGACCCUCAGCCUUGACUGGGUUUACGGGUACCGGGGUCGUGACUCCCGCUCUAAUCUGUUUGUGCUGCGCUCUGGGGAGGUGGUCUACUUUAUCGCCUGUGUGGUGGUGCUGUACCGGCCCGGGGGAGGCCCAGGGGGUCCUGGAGGUGGCGGCCAGAGACAUUACCGGGGGCACACGGACUGCGUUCGAUGCCUGGCUGUUCACCCUGAUGGUGUGCGUGUAGCCUCAGGACAGACAGCCGGAGUGGAUAAGGAUGGAAAGCCCCUGCAGCCUGUGGUUCACGUCUGGGACUCAGAGACGCUGCUGAAGCUGCAGGAGAUCGGACUGGGGGCCUUCGAGCGGGGUGUGGGGGCCCUGGCCUUUUCAGUUGCGGAUCUGGGUGCUUUCCUCUGUGUGGUGGAUGAUUCCAAUGAGCACAUGCUGUCUGUGUGGGACUGCAGCCGGGGAACGAAGCUGGCUGAGAUCAAGAGUACAAAUGACUCAGUCCUGGCCGUUGGCUUCAACCCUCGCGACAGCAGCUGCAUUGUCACCAGCGGGAAAUCCCACGUCCACUUCUGGAACUGGAGUGGUGGAGCAGGGGUUCCUGGGAACGGGACCCUCACCAGGAAACAGGGUGUCUUUGGGAAAUACAAGAAACCCAAGUUUAUCCCCUGCUUUGUGUUCCUUCCGGAUGGAGACAUUCUCACGGGGGACUCAGAGGGGAACAUUCUCACCUGGGGGCGGAGCCUCUCAGAUUCCAGGACCCCAGGCAGGGGUGGGGCCAAAGAGACCUAUGGGAUUGUGGCCCAGGCGCACGCUCACGAAGGUUCUAUCUUCGCCCUGUGUCUCCGGCGGGACGGGACCGUGCUGAGUGGUGGUGGGCGGGACCGCCGGCUGGUCCAGUGGGGGCCCGGGUUGGUGGCCCUCCAGGAAGCUGAGAUUCCUGAACACUUUGGGGCCGUGCGGGCCAUUGCAGAGGGCCUUGGCUCUGAGCUGCUGGUGGGAACCACGAAGAAUGCAUUGCUGAGGGGAGAUCUGGACCAGGGCUUCUCCCCUGUAAUCCAGGGUCACACGGAUGAGCUCUGGGGGCUCUGCACACAUCCUUUCCAGAACCGUUUCCUCACCUGUGGCCAUGACCGGCAGCUCUGCCUGUGGGAUGGGGAGGGCCAUGCGCUGGCCUGGAGCAUCGACCUCAAGGAGACUGGUCUCUGUGCUGACUUCCACCCCAGUGGGGCAGUUGUGGCCGUAGGACUGAACACAGGGAGGUGGCUAGUUUUGGACACAGAGACCAGAGAGAUCGUGUCCGACAUCACCGAUGGCAAUGAGCAGCUCUCAGUGGUCCGGUACAGCCCAGAUGGGUUGUACCUGGCCAUCGGUUCCCAUGACAACAUGAUCUACAUCUAUAGCGUUUCCAGUGAUGGUGCCAAGUCCAGCCGCUUUGGCCGCUGUGUGGGUCACUCCAGCUUCAUCACUCACCUUGACUGGUCCAAGGAUGGGAACUUCAUCAUGUCCAAUUCUGGGGACUAUGAGAUCCUUUACUGGGACGUGGCUGGAGGCUGUAAGCUGCUGAGGAAUCGUUAUGAGAGCCGAGACCGGGAGUGGGCCACCUACACCUGCGUGCUGGGCUUCCAUGUCUACGGCGUGUGGCCUGACGGCUCGGAUGGAACCGACAUCAACUCCCUGUGCCGCUCCCACAACGAGCGCGUGGUGGCUGUGGCCGACGACUUCUGCAAAGUGCACCUCUUCCAGUACCCGUGCGCCCGUGCCAAGGCGCCGAGCCUCGUGUACGGUGGUCACGGCAGCCACGUGACCAGCGUCCGGUUCACGCACGACGACUCGCACCUCGUCUCGCUGGGCGGCAAGGACGCCAGCAUCUUCCAGUGGCGAGUGCUGGGCCCUGGGGGCGCGGGGCCGGCGCCCGCAACGCCCUCUCGAACCCCCUCCCUGUCCCCCGCCUCCUCUCUCGACGUCUGACCGCUGUCCUACGGGACCCACAGGCCCUGCAGCGUGGCCCCGCCCCACCCAGAUUCCCCAUUACCGGGGCCGACCCGGUCCUCGACUUCGAGACAUUCCCCAAAGCGCAUUUCCCUGGAGGGGGCGAACGGCACCCCUGCACACACUGUAUAGACCCGCUGGCUGAGCCGCGCAGCCCCAGCCGGGGCCCUGACUCCCGCUGCCUGCUGAGGGGCAAUAAACCAAAAGCAAAGUC